CUUCUGCCCCUCUGGUGCUCGGACUCGGACUGGGCCCGACAGUCAUCUGUAUGACGUCACUGCUGCGCCCUCGAGCCGAGCGAGGCAACAGGAGCUCGACGCUCAAGCAACCGGUCUCCGCAAAACAAAUAUAGGGGCACAGGCGAUCACACCAAACAAAUGUCCGGGGGCCCGAGCGGACUCUCGGAUCGGCGCUGGGCCCCCCCCUCCGUGGCGCGCGCCGCGCGCCGAGGGCGGCGUCGAAGGUGCUGCCAGGGGGGGCUCCGCGCCGACCCGAUGAUGAAACCCGCGCGGGCCUCCGAGGGAUCAUGCCCGUGCUGCUGUUUUCAGAGGACGAGGAGACGGCAUCGGCAUGAACUCUUGGUGCUCCGCGCGGAUCGUCUGCGCUGGACCCCCCCUCCCUGGCGAGCGGGGUUCGGCGCCGGAGGCGCCGCCAGGGCGCCGAUUCACGCAGAUCCAAGAGGUCCGCGCUGGGCGUCAACAGCUUCUGUUUAUGCGUUUGUUUCUUCUUCCACCUUUGUCUUUCGACAGAGCAAUAGAAUCUGCGAGUGGCAAGUCGAUCGGCCUCCGACCUCUGCCGCUCCUUUUGCGAGAGAGCGAGGCGCGUGCGCGACACUCGGAAGGGGGGGCCGCGGGGAGGCCCGACUGGAGCGCGCCAGCCGCUGCUGUCGCCUUGCAUUCUCGGCCAUCUGGAGAGGCGUCACUCUCACGUAGAGCCAGCGGAUCACCGGCCAGAGGCGGCGUGCCCUCCCCGCCCCGUGGCGGAGCACGAACAGGCGCGACCCCCCCGGCCCCCCCGCAGACGCGGGGACGCCCCUGCGGGAGGACUGCCGUCGGGGAUCUUCUGACCCGGGUCAAUGCAGACCCGGGUCAGCAGGAAACCAAAAACUGCAAUGCAGGAAAAACAACUGCAGCGCAGGCCCCGCUGCCGGGCUCAGGAGGCGCUCUGGGAUGCUGGCGUCGUGGGAGCUCUGGCGCCGCGGAUACACCUGGAACUGCUGGCGUCUGUUGGAAAUGCUGGCGUCGCUGGAGAUGCUGGCGUCGCUGGAGGUGCUGGCUUCGGACACGCGGCCAUGAUCAGAAGAAGAGCAGAAACACCAGACUGGACCUUACUUCAGUUAUGUUUCAGCAGUGCACGAUGCCCACCUUGAUCUCCGAGCUGCAGGGAAACACCUCGUCCAUUUGCACACGCUCCAGCAGACCCCCGCUCGCCGCCCCCGCGGGCACAAGCUCUCCCGCGGCAAAGGGCCAAAUGCACACGGCAAGCGCGCGGCCACAGUUCCCCCCCCGCCCCCCGGCGGGCCACGGAACGGGCCCACGGGGGUCGUCAGGGGUUGUCGGGCUCCACGGCCGCUGCGCAGCUGGCAACUCAGACUGCUGGCCGCUCUCGCGCACGCGCCAGGAGCUGCGCCUUGCCGACGUUCGGCUCCAAGGCUGCAUCCCAGGCCUCCUCUAGCAGCGCCAGCGCGUGCUGCCACUGUCCUGAUUUCUCGCACGCGCGAAUGCCAGCAGUGCUGCUGAACACGUCGAGAUCCAACCCUGCGUCCUUCAUUCCCCUGAGCAGCCUCAAUGACUGCUGCCACUGCCCGCCCGACCCACAAGCCGUGAUUGCAGCCGUGUAGGCUUUCACGUCAGGGGUCACCCAACGAUUGCGCUUGUUGUUUGACUCCAUCUUUCUAAACAGAACCAGUGCCCACUCCCAGCCGCUUUUUCGGCACGCGCUGAUUCCUGCACUGUAGACGAUUCGGCUCAGUUGAACGCUCCCCUUCACCAUUUCGGUGAACAACGAGGACGCAAGCAUCCACCGUCCACCAGCACCGCACGCGCUCAUCCCAGCACUGUAGCUCAUGGCAUCAAGUUCGGCUUCAGACUCCUUCAUGUGGCCAAGGAGCGACAGCACUGACUUCCACUGCCCAGAUCGGCUGCACGCACUGAGCGCAGCAUUGUAGCUGAUAACGUUUGGAUCCAACCUCGUCGUCGACAUCUCGGCAAGCAAAGACAACGCCUGUUGCCACUGCCUGCCCUUCUCGCAUGCGUUGAUGCCAGCACUGAAAGCCAUGACGUCUGGUGUAAGUGCCGCCUCCCGUAUUUCACUGAACACCACCAAAGCCUGUUGCCACUGCCCGCAUCUCCCGCAUGCGCUGAUAGCAGCACUGUACGGGAUGACGUUCGGAUCCGCUACAAUAUCCCUGAAUUUCCUCAGCAGAGACAGCGCCUGCUGCCACUGCUCGCCUUUCUCGCACGCGCUGAUCCCAGCACUGCAACAGACAGCAUUUGGUUCCAACUGCACCUCUUCCAUGCCACUAAGGAGUACCAGAGCCCGCUGCCACUGUCCGCAUUUCUCGCAUGCGCUGAUGCCAGAACCGUAGAUAAUGACAUCAGGCUCCAACUUCGCCUCCCGCAUCUCGUUGAAUAGCGCCAGAGCUGGCUGCCACUCUUUCCCUUUC